AUGUCGCCGCGUUUAGCACUCCAAUCGCCCCUCUGGGGCUCAUUGAUCACUCCAGUCUCCGUCAGGUCAUUCGGAAUCAGAUCACUCACCCCUCCCAAACCCAGUCGUUACAAUGCCGGCCCUGGUCUGCCCGUUCUCGAAUCAACCCCCGAAGCUGCUCUUCGUCGCAAAGCCAAUUCUCUCCCCCUCCGUUCCGGUGCUAUCACAAUCAAGAAGGGCAUGACUGCCAUUUUCGACCAAGAGACUGGAAAGCGCAUUCCUUGUACCGUUCUGCAGCUGGAUCGGGUCGAAGUUCUCUCCCACAAGACCGUGUCGAAGCAUGGAUAUUAUGCUGUUCAAGUCGGUGCUGGCUGGAAGCAUCCCCGUAACGUGACCAAGGCGCUCUUGGGUCAUUUCUCUGCCCAUGGCUCCUCGCCUAAGCGUCAUAUCUUCGAAUUCCGCGUCAAGGACGAGGCGGGUUUGUUGCCCGUUGGAGAGAGUAUCGAGGCUGGUUGGUUCCAGGAGGGACAAUAUGUCGAUACCCGCUCCAACACCAAGGGUAAGGGUUUUGCUGGUGUGAUGAAGCGUCACGGAUUCGGUGGUCAGGACCGUAGUCACGGUGUCAGUUUAACACAUCGUUCUAUGGGUUCUUCUGGCCCUGGUCAGGGUGGUGGUUCUCGUGUGUACCCCGGCAAGAAGAUGGCCGGUAACAUGGGUAACGUCCAGAACACCGUGCAGAACCUGAAGAUCCUCAAGGUUGACUCUGCCAAUGGCAUUGUGGUUGUGAGCGGUGCCAUCAGUGGCCCCAAGGGCUGCGUUGUGAGAAUUCAAGACGCCAUCAAGAAGCCUUGGCCCGAGGUGCCAGCAGCUAAGGCUGAAGUCGAAGCUACAGUUUAA